AACACAUGGACAACUUCGAAUUCUCCUAUAAAUAGGUAAUCAACUCCCUUCUACUUUCAUCACUCCACUACUCCAUAACCUAAUAAGUUCCACAAUUAAAACUGAGAAAUGGAAGGCUCCUUGAUCAAGAUCACUUCUGCUAAAGCUUUUCUUCUCGUGAUUAUUUCUUUUAAUAUCCACAUAAACUCGAGCGUGGCUAUGGACUAUGGAGCCGAAAAGGCAAGCACUGAGUUCAUCAAAACCUCUUGCAGCAAGACUAUCUGGCCUAGUCUCUGCUUCACCUCACUCUCAAGUCAUACCGGUGCUAUCCAAACAAGUCCUCGGCUUCUAGCCCAGACAGCGCUCUCAGUCGCUCUUGAUCAGGUGGUUUCGACGUCUGCUGCCAUGCAGAGGCUGUCAAAAGCGCCUGGCAUCAAGCCCGGGGAAGUUGGGCCGAUGAAUGAUUGCCUAGAAGUGUUAACGGACUCGAUAGAUGAGCUGAAGAAUUCCAUGGGAGAGAUGAGUCAGCUUAACGGAUCCCCAAACUACGCGCUCUUGAUAAGCGACAUACAAACCUGGGUGAGCGCCGCUCUGACAGACGAGGACACUUGCAUGGAUGGGUUUGCUGGGAAAGCUGGGAACACGAAGAACGUAGUGAGGGGAAGAAUUUUGAAUGUUGUUCAUUUGACAAGCAAUGCAUUGGCUUUGAUCAACAACUACAAUUCUCUUCAUGGAUAGUUGAAAGUUUAUUAAUCGUCGUGUGAUAUAUAGUUUGCUUUGAUUCCUAAAUCCUACUAGACUAUAGAAAUUGAGCUUGUAGUGUGUGCUAAUUAAUAUGCUGUAAUUAAGUCAGAAAUAGUUGUGCAUCCAUUGUGGUAUUUUGGCCUUAUAUUAAUAUAUUUUUAUAGCUAUAUAAGAUGAUUUGCGGCA